ACUUCCUGGGUGUGGAACUUUGAAUAUUUUGUGAUGAAACGAAUAUUGCGCAGUUGGGCAGGGCCGGUACAUAUAGCGCUUGCUGUUGUGGGAUUUUCGUACCCCGUUUACACAAACGGAUCGUGUAAAGUCAUAGGCGGCAAAGUCCAAAGUGUCUGUACCUCAAGUUAUACCACCAUGCACAUCAAAGCCCGCUGCCCGGUGUACCCCGGCUCAGACACGCAGCGCUUCCCUGUUCCAGAUGACAAGGUUUGCUGGGCAAGGAACUGGCCUGAGUACAGUCCUGUAAACUACACAGCACCGUCUUUGCUGCAGCAACCUGACUGGGCUGAUCCGGAGAUUUCUUCAUUUUCUCCGCAGUUUAACUCUCUAGACGGAUCUGUAGAUAGGACGAGUCAUGAUGGCGAGUACUGUGUGCAGUAUGGCAAACCACUUAACCCUAGAGGGAGAACUGGUCUGACCGGUCGAGGACUUCUGGGCCGGUGGGGUCCCAACCAUGCAGCAGAUCCAAUUGUUACCAGGUGGAAGAGAGAAUCUGAUGGUCAGUGUGUUCCUCAUGCCAUCUCAAAGCGUCCUGUGCUACAGUUUGUGUCCAUCAAGAGGAAGGACUGUGGCGAAUGGGCAAUACCAGGGGGUAUGGUGGACCCAGGAGAGCUGGUUUCCCUCACGUUGCAGCGGGAGUUCUCAGAGGAGGCAAUGAACUCUCUCCAGGCCUCCCCAGAAGAGCGGGAUAAAAUCUAUGAGCGGAUAAAGCAGCUUUUCAGUUCUACAGGUUUUCAGGUAUAUAAAGGUUAUGUAGAUGACCCAAGAAACACAGACAAUUCCUGGAUGGAAACAGUUGCCGUUAACUUCCAUGAUGAAACAGGUGACAGCGUGAGUGCGCUGCCGUUGCAAGCAGGCGAUGACGCAGGCCAAGUGUGCUGGAUUGAUGUCGACUCUUCUCAGGCCCUGUAUGCUAGCCAUUCACAAUUUCUGCAAAUAGUUGCCAAAGUAAGACACGCCCACUGGUAACCAAGGGAAAUGGCGAGUGGCUUCAGAAAAAAUGAAUGAUAAAACAUUGUUCUAAACAUUUUGGUUAUUAGGGUUGUGAAUGUAACUGUGUAAAAAUAGAUGCUGAGUGCCAGUGCAUUGCGUGGGCUCUUACUUUGCAUUGUUCACACAAUCUGUUCAAUACAAUCUGGAACUGUGUUUCCCUUAUUCUAGAAACACAAAUAUUAAGUAUUAUAAUUAUAUAUUAAUAUUAUUUAUGAACAGAAGUAUUCUAGAACAUAAAUACCUUCAGGCUACUUUCUGAUUGGUUGGUUCUAGAUCCUGAUGGAUUAGGUCAGAGCAUGCAUUAAGCAACCGGUAUUCCUAAGGUUUGCUGACACUGAUUAGAUAAAGAGAAAUCAGGGAUAAUGGCUGAUGAAAUUUGACACCAGUCUAAAAGUCUGCAAGAGCAGUUUCAGUCUGAAUUACAUAGCAAUCAGUACAUCAGCAGAACACAAAUCAGGAUGACCUGUCAGUUAACAUUACUCACUGUGGAAAAUGAAAGCAUGCAUGCCUUAAACCCAACACCUGUGUAGCCAUACUUUGUUCCAGAAAAUCCAGUAUGGGCAAAUGUCAUUUUAUUACAUUUAACUAUUUAAAAAUUUAUAUAACUUCUGUGUAUUUGUAUAUAAGUAAUAUUAAGAAAUUUUAAAAAAUGAUGUGAACACAGUUUUGCUAUGAUUUUGUCAUUUAUAAUGCAUAAUCUUUCAAUCCGUUGGGUCUCCACUGCUAUUUAUUUAUUGAACAUAAAGCUUUAGAGGACACUUGCAGUUUCUUGAGGUUCUAAUGUGUGCACACUGGUUUCUUAUGUGAAUUGGGAAAGUGUGAAGCAGGUGCGCUCUGUCCUUUAGCACAAGGCCCUAAAGCAGCAGUUCUAAAGCCUGGACCGUGAACCACAGUCACCCCACAUCAGUCACUCCACAUCUGUGUCCGUGAACCACAGUCACCCCACAUCAGUCACCCCACAUCUGUGUCCGUGGACCACAGUCACCCCACAUCAGUCACCCCACAUCUGUGUCCGUGGACCACAGUCACCACACGUGUGCAUUUCUUGUCCUCUUGGGCCGUAACGUUAAGAUGAGUUAGUUAGGUGUGUAACACUGUGGAAUGUGUAGGGCAUAGUUGCCAGGGCUGGGACUGAGAUUAACAUCGUUUUUCAUUGAACCACAGGGUGUGUAGUGUUUACAUACAUUUUUAAGUGUAGGGUAGCUACUGCAUUAAAAUGUCAUUUUUAGCACAACAGAGCUGAAAGGACAGGAACACUCUUCUUGGAAUCAUUAUUGCAAGAGUGAUUUGUUCCUGAGGGACAGUAUGUACUGUGGGGUUUAUUUAAUGCAUUGAUAUUUUAGGACUUUAACAAUGGUUGUCUAGCUAGUUGUCACAAAUAAGGAAAUGCAACUAGCACUUGCAUGUAAAGAUACAUAAAUACAAGGUGUGAAAUAGAACGUGAAUGUAUUCCCACAGUUGAGAAGACAAAACUUAAUCUCAAAAGCAGUAAAGUGUUAUCUAAAGGAAUAUAGAAUGAAAUAAAAAUUAAAGUACCUGCAAAA